AAAUAUGUGCAAUAUCCUUAUAUUUAUUUACCACCUACAUCUCAGUACAUCCCGACAUCUAAUUCUAUUCAAUUCUACUCUAUUCUAUUCUAUUCUAUUCAUCUGUAGUGCAACUGUAUACAAUUUAUUAUACAAUAUACAAUUUAUUUAUACUUGUAUCCGUAAGCAUACUUGGCAAUAAAGCUGUUCUGAUUCUGAUUCAUUCAUUUAUCCAUCCAUCCAUCCAUCUAUUUAUCCAUCUAUCCCUCCAUCCUCCAUCCAUCCAUUUAUUAAUUUUUUCCAUCUAUCUAUCCAUCCAUCCAUCCAUUCAUUUGUACCUUUGUAUAUACAAAUGUUUACUUAAAAAAUAUACUUUUUAAAUAUAAUUUGUAAAACCAUAAAAACAAAACUUAAAAAGUAUAGGUUUCAUGAAGAAAGCGUGACAACUACCUCAGUGUAACUUAUCCUGUAAAAUCUAACCUAUGUUUUUCUAAGCACCGGUAACAAAAGAGUUCAACUUCACUUUCUUUUUAUUGCAAAGCGCAUUUACCAAUAAUGGCACGAUUUAGAAAUCGAAAUAAGCUUGUUGACCCUUAGUCCCGCCCAUCUAUCACAUCUAGCCUCCCCAUUGGAGAACGUUAGCGUCCAUCACAUUGUGUCUAGCAGCGCGACGUUACGCCGUGGCGUCAUAUCCUCCUCACCGCGUCGUUUGAAGUAACGUUAGAUGGUAAAGUUUAUGUCUACACCGAUGACAAUCAGAUUUUCACGCAUUUGUUAGAUUAGUCAAGUAGCAAAAUUGAAACUUCAGAACAGUCGUAUUUGAAUUAAAUAACUUGUUUCGACUGUUAAACCCUCUAUCGUGGACUUUGACAGUUUUUAAAAGCGACCGGCUGCUCAAAAUACUGUAAACAACGAAGAUCUCAGGCGAAUUUAUAGCUUCUGUGCUACACAACGCUUCGAUAUAUGCACACAUGUGAUCGUUUAAAGUACGACAUGUAUGUGUUUUGCUACUCUACAUGUUAGGAAGGGCUCAGUUGUAAUCACUAACAGCAGUGAUGUCUGUGAGUUUGACUCCUGAGCAGCAGCGGAGGAUAGAAGAGCAGAGACAGCGAGCUCUGGCGAUAAGAGCCGAGAAACAGGCUCAACUGACACUUGGAUCUGCCCAAAACAAACAGACAGGUACCACAGGAGGCCCAGCAAAGAACAGCCAGCUGUUUUCAUCUGAUCGGGCACAUCUAGGGGCCCCUGGGCAAGGUGCAAGACAGACUCAGCUCAUAGACAUCAAAGGACCCUGUACAAAGCCAACGUCCAGUCCUGCUUCUGCAACUCAAAGCUUUUAUGGACAGACGAACAAACCGACCACAGGAGAAAAGCGACCAUCUAAACCCCCUGAAGCAGGAGGAAGUAUCCCUGCAAAGAAGCCGGCGGUGUCCGUGAAAGGGAAAUGUGUGCCGCACUCAGAAAAUCGUUUCAGAGUGGAGGUCGGCUACCAUGCGGACCUCAUUACUGUGUUCAAAACCAUUCCCUCUAAGAACUAUGAUCCUGCUACAAGGAUGUGGAACUUCAGCCUUGAGGACUACCAGAUGCUGAUGGAGCAGGCAGCGAGUUUACCCACCGUCUCUCUCAAACCUCUGGAUGGGAUGGAAGGGCUAAAUAUUUCAGCGUCCACCAGUCGGCCCAAAGACGCAGCAGCCCUGGCCGCUCUGAUGAGGCUCUGUCAGGGUUGGCAGAAACCAGGUGCCACGGUAAAGGGAAAGUGCAUUUUAGUGUCUCGCUGUCGGUUUGAGGUGGAGAUUGGAUACCAGGGUGAUGUUAUUGAAAUCUUCAAGAAAAUGCCAUCCAGAAAUUAUGACAUGAAGACCAGAAAGUGGAGCUUCCUUCUGGAGGACUACGGAAAGCUCAUGGCAGAACUGAGCGAGAUGCCUACGGUGGAGAUUGAGCCUUUACCUCCCGCUGUGCUGCAGUCCUUCUCCUCUCAGUUUGAGAAGAGUGAGUCCAGAGCUCCAGUCCCUCCUGAAGCCGAUCUCUCACACGUGGAUCCACAGCUCACACGCAGCCUCAUGCCCUUCCAGAGAGACGGGGUCAAUUUUGCAGUGUCCAAAGACGGUCGUUUGCUCCUGGCUGAUGAUAUGGGCCUGGGAAAGACGGUCCAGGCUAUCUGCAUCGCUGCCUAUUAUAGGAGUGAGUGGCCUCUGCUAGUGGUUGCCCCGUCCUCAGUGCGCUUCACAUGGGCUGAGGCUUUCCGCCGAUGGCUGCCAUCCGUCAGAGCCGACAGCAUUAAUGUGGUGGUUACAGGCAGGGACAGCCUUCGCUCCGGCCUCAUCAAUAUCAUCAGCUACGACCUGCUCAACAAGAUGGACAAAAAGCAGCCGUCCAGCCCUUUCAGUGUCAUCAUUAUGGAUGAGUCUCACUUCCUGAAGAACAUGAAAACGGCUCGCUGUCGGGCGGCUCUACCUCUGCUGAAGACAGCUAAAAGAGUGAUCCUGCUGUCAGGAACGCCUGCCAUGUCUAGACCUGCUGAGCUCUACACUCAGAUCCUGGCUGUGAGGCCUUCCCUGUUUCCACGCUUCCAUGACUUCGGCACACGCUACUGUGAUGCCAACCAGCUGCCGUGGGGUUGGGAUUACUCCGGCUCGUCUAAUCUGAGCGAACUGAAGCUGCUGCUGGAGGAGUCUCUUAUGCUCCGACGCCUCAAAUCAGAGGUGCUCUCGCAGCUUCCCGCCAAACAGCGUAAGGUGGUUACAGUGACGACAGACGGCAUCAACUCCCGCACCAAAGCUGCCCUCAACGCCGCGGCCAAAGAGCUCGCCAAAGGAUAUCACAACAAGUCACAAGAGAAGGAAGCGCUCCUGGUUUUCUUCAACCACACAGCAGAGGCCAAGAUCAGAGCCAUCAUGGAGUACAUCACAGACAUGCUGGAGUGCGGACGAGAGAAGUUUCUGGUGUUUGCUCAUCACAGACUGGUGCUGGACAGUAUAACCAAAGAACUUGGUGAGAAGGGAAUCAGUUACAUUCGUAUCGACGGAUCGACGCCGUCGGCGGACCGUCAGCAGCUGUGUGACAGAUUCCAGUCGUCACAGAAGAGCUGCGUGGCUGUUCUGUCCAUCACCGCCGCUAACAUGGGGCUCACGCUGCACUCGGCCGACCUCGUGGUGUUCGCCGAGCUCUUCUGGAACCCCGGAGUCCUGAUUCAAGCGGAGGACCGCGUGCACAGGAUCGGGCAGACCAGCAAUGUGGACAUUCAUUACCUGGUCGCUAAAGGCACAGCAGACGAUCACCUUUGGCCCAUGAUACAGGAGAAAAUGAAUGUUUUGGAGCAGGUCGGUUUGUCUGAAUCCAACAUUUCAGAGAAUGCAGAAUCUGCCAGCUUUCACAGCAAGGAUCCUCAGCAGCUGACCAUCACUGAGAUGUUCCAGAGGUCCUUUGAUGAGGAGGAGAUGCUUGCUUUAAUUGAUCAAGAUCAAUGAUUGUACAGAUUUCAUACAUUUUCCUGAUCCCCUGAAAUACAGAAGACAAACGUUUCAACACAUUUACAUCACAAGUUAAAGUUGCAAGAAAGUUUAUUUAUCACUCCAGUAUAACGUUAUUGACUUGAAUUCAUCUGUUAUGUGUGUGUAACCAAUCACUGACUCUUGAGACAUGGGACAAAAAAGAGAACAGAGCUGUAAUAAAUAAAAGCCAAUGCACAAAGGAAUUAUUUCUGAUUAAUCCGUCUCAUUUAUGCUCGGAUGCAACAAGCUGCUUCUAUUUUUUUCAGUUUUUCCCCUCACUGCACUUCACUGCAUCAACACCAGCAGAUAAUCAACUCCAUCUACUGAAGAAAAUCUGAUUAUGUUGACAGUAUUUUGCAUUAUGUUUUCUGGUUUCUAAAAUGAGUGAAAUGAUCUGAAAAUCUAUGUUUCCUUAGAAUCUGACCAAUAAUGUCAAAGUGGAAAAAUUUCCAAAACUGAUUUUGUGUCAUGUCUGAAGGAUCAGUGGAUGAACUUGUUCUUGACAUGUGCA